AUGGAGCCAGUAAACUUUGAGGAGGUAGCAGUGAAUUUCACCUCAGAAGAGUGGGCUGUGUUGGAUUCUAGUCAAAAGAAGCUCUACAGAGAUGUGAUGAAGGAAACAUUUUUGAACCUGGUCUCCAUAGAAAAAGCACUAGAAGAAAAUAUUGAAGAGGACUUUAAAGAUCUCAGCAGGAAUAUGGGAAUUCAGUCGAUUGAGAAAGACCAUGGAUAUGAAUGUUGUACUGAGUGUGAUAAAACCCAGCAACCUAUUCCAGAGAGUAUGAUCAAUAAAGACAUGCCUUCCAGAGUAAGAACUCAUGAAACUCCAUUGCAUGUAAGAAGCAGUAUUGGUCAUUUAUCCUUACAUGAGUAUCUCAGAGAAAAAACUAGAGAGAAACCAUCACUGUAUAAGGAAGUUGUGGUCAAAGCUUUUACACAUCAGAAACAUUGGGAAAAUAUCAGUUAUUCUAAACCACUUCAGGUACUUGAAACUUCUCCUAAAGAGAAACCCUGUAAAAAUCAACAAUGUAAUGAAGCCUGUAGGAGUCUCUGUUUUGAUCAGCCUCAGGAGAGAACUCACACUGAAUAUAAACUCAAUGAGAAUAUCUUAAUGAGAUACAUAUAUGGCCAGAAUGAUGAAGGAACCCAUAAAGAAGUGAAACAAUUUGUAUGUAGUCUCUGUGAAGAAUCCUUCAUUGAUUCCAGUGACAUUACCAACCAUGAAAAAAGUCAUGUUGAAGAGAAAAGGUACAUUUGUAGGCAGUGUGGCAAAAUAUUUAAAUAUGCAACAUGUUUUGAGAAACAAAAAGUAGCUCACAAAAGAGAGAAGCCACAUGCUUCUAUACAUUUUGGAAAAGCCUUCACCCCAUUUAGUCAAAAUGACAGUCAUGAAAGCAGUUACACUGGACAAAAGCCUUAUGUCUGCAAACAUUGUGGAAAAAACUUCACUCGUUCUUCUUAUCGAAACAUUCACGAAAGAAUUCACACUGGAGAGAAAGCUUAUGCAUGUAAGCAUUGUGGAAAAACCUUCAACAAUCCCAGUAGUCAUAACAGACAUGAAAGGAGCCACACUGCAGAGAAACCUUAUACAUGUAAGCAUUGUGGAAAAGCCUUUUUUUGUUCCAGUCAUCUGAAUAUCCAUGAAAUAAUUCACACUGGAGAAAAGCCUUAUGCUUGUAAGCAUUGUGGAAUAGCCUUCAACCACCCCAGUAGUCGUAACAGACAUGAAAGGAGCCACACUGCAGAGAAACCUUAUGCAUGUAAGCACUGUGGAAAAAACUUCACCCGUUCUUCUCAUCGAAACAUUCAUGAAAGAAUUCACACUGGAGAGAAACCUUAUGCAUGUAAGCAUUGUGGGAAAGCAUUCACUACUUCCAGUGCUUGUAGCAUUCAUGAAAGAAAGCACACGGCAGAGAGGUGUUACACAUGCAAGCGUUGUGUAAAAGCCUUUUUCUGUCCCAGGCAUCUGAAUAUCCAUAAAAUAAUUCAUACUGGAAAAAAGCCUUAUGAAUGUAAGCAUUGUGGGAAAGCCUUCAAGCACCCCAGUAACUGUAACAGACAUGAAAAGAGUCACACUGCAGAGAAACCUUAUGCAUGA